AGUGCGAUAGCGACGCUGUUACCAUGGCGACGAAUAAUUCUUGUUUCUAGGAGAGCAAGAGUUUUAUCAAGCAGUUCAGGAUUAUUGCUAAAACCAAGGGAGAAAUUUGAAGUAGGGAAGAAAUUCUUGCCACAUAUUGUGUCACUUUAACUGGAAUCGCAAAACAAAAAUAUAAAGGAAAUUGGACAAAAGGAAGACAAAUAUUGUUGACUUGUUUCGUUAUGAAGCGUAAUUAGCACAAGUAAGAUUAAGAGAACAGACAAGACCUGCUGAGCAAUUAUGUUAUUGUAUGUGGCAGUUUUCUUCCUGAUCACAGGAAUUAGGGGAGUCUUGAGCUUGUCAAGUCAUCCAAAUAUCUUACUAAUAGUAGUUGAUGACUUACGGCCAAGCCUCGGCUGCUAUGGAGAUCCAGUUGCUUUGACGCCGAACAUUGAUGCUCUGGCUCGUCAAGGAGUCCUCUUCACUAAGGCUUUUGCACAGCAAGCUCUUUGUGGCCCAAGUCGUACCUCCUUUCUCACGUCUAGGAGGCCAGAUACCACAAGAUUAUAUGAUGUGCAUUCCUAUUGGAGGAACCAUGCUGGGAACUUCACAACAUUGCCUCAGUAUUUCAAAGAACAUGGCUACCACACUGUUUCUGCUGGGAAAAUAUUCCACCCAGGUAUUGUGAGUAACAAAAGUGAUGACCAACCAUAUAGCUGGUCUGAGACACCUUAUCAUCCACCUACACAGGCUUAUAAACAGGACCCAGUGUGCUUAGGUACCGAUGGCAGAUUGUACACCAACAUCUAUUGUCCCGUUCAGGUUGAACAGCAGCCAGGUGGAUCAUUGCCUGACAUACAGAGUACAGAAUUUGCAACUUCUUGGUUGCGAAAAUGGGCGAUAAAACAAGAAUCCAAGAGUGAUAAUGAAAAACAAAAUUUUUUCCUUGCUGUUGGUUAUCAUAAACCUCACAUUCCUUUAAAGUUUCCAUUGGAGUUCUUGGAUGCGUAUCCUAUUGCAAACAUGCCACUUGCCCCAAACAGGAAGCGACCUCCAGGUUUGCCUACAGUUGCUUGGAAUCCUUGGAACGAUCUCAGACGACGGCAUGACAUAAGUGCACUCAAUGUAUCCUUUCCAUAUGGUCCUAUGCCAGAUUCUUAUGCAAGAUACAUAAGGCAAGGAUACUAUGCUGCCACUACAUAUACAGAUUCUCUUGUGGGUGAUCUUCUAGCUACAGUCAGCAAUCUUUUUCCAGACACUAUUGUUGCUCUCAUUGGAGACCAUGGCUGGGCUCUCGGUGAGCAUCAGGAAUGGUCAAAGUUCAGCAAUUUUGAAGUUGCAACAAGAGUCCCAUUCAUAGUUGCUAGAUUAAACCAUCAAUCAGCCUUUCUGUUCACUGGUUUUAGCAAAAUAUUUAAGAAGACAAACACCAUUUUUCAGCAAUCUUCAUUUGACAGGUUGAUGUUUUCUACUAUAUACAAAUCACACUUGAAAUCAAGCUUAUCAGUUAUUCCAGAAAUGAGUUCCUACCAGAAAAAUAAUGCUGGGAAGUCUUCAUUCCUGAAUAACAGUGUUCUUCAGGUGAAUAAUGGUCUGGUAGAGCUUGUUGAUCUGUUCCCAACAAUGGUAGACCUGGCUGGAAUAACAGCUCUUUUACCUUGUCCUGAGGAUUCAAGGAAGAUUACGGUUUGUACUGAGGGUAGUAGCCUGUCUCCUCUCAUUAAGAAAGCAUGGGACUUUGAUCUUAGCUCAUAUUCUAAUGUCACACAACUAGAAAGAAAACAUCAUGACAUCUAUGCCAAAGGUAUAAUCGGUGUAAAGGCAGCAGAUAACUUACAAGGGAAGAAAGCUGCAUUUAGUCAGUACCCUCGACCAGGCCUCCACCCUUCGGCAGACCCUGAUACUGACCAACCUCGUCUACUUGACAUUAAGGUCAUGGGCUAUUCUAUGAGGACAAAUCGUUAUAGAUACACAGUAUGGCUCAAGUUUAACAAUGCCACUUUCAUGCCUGAUUGGGACCAUAUUGUUUCUGAAGAGCUUUAUGACCAUGAAGUUGACCCUGAUGAGAACUUCAAUCUUUGCUGGAAAAAAAUAUAUAGAAAAAAGAAGAAGCAUCUUAAAAGGAUCUUCAUGCAGGGUUGUAGACCUUCAUUACAAAUGCCAAGAUGAAAGAAUUAUUUUUCAAGUCAACAAUUG